UGUUGUGAAACGCGCAAAGCGUCAGUGCUCGGUCGACCAGCAGGCGUGUCGACGCAGGCUCCACGCGCUCUCACAAAAUGGCGCAGCUUCUCAUUUACACACACUUUCUAACGUUUAUGGCUGUUGCGUCGGCACAGGAUUACUACCACACGCCAAGGAUCGGUUCACAGGACUUGGCGACCUGUUAUAACAGCGACGGACAACCUCAAAGAUGUAUACCGGAGUUCGAAAACGCGGCUUUCAUGGUACAAAUGGAAGCCACCAAUACAUGCGGUGACAAUGGCUCCAAAAUGUACUGCAUACAGACAUCUGCUGGUAGUUCCUCUGGUACAAGGUCUUGCGAUUUCUGUCAGCCUGGUCAGUUUUCAAGCUAUUUCCUCACUGAUCUGCAUUACGAACAGGACAAUCAAACAUGGUGGCAGUCGGAAACUAUGAAGGAAGGGAUUCAGUAUCCCAACCAAGUAAAUCUCACUUUACAUUUAGGAAAAGCUUACGAUAUCACUUACAUAAGAAUCGUGUUUUACUCACCGAGGCCGCAAAGUUUUGCUAUUUACAAGAAGAGAAGCGAGGAUUCAGAUUGGGAACCCUACCAGUAUUACAGUGCGUCAUGUCGUGAUACAUAUGGCGUCUUAGAACAGCGCGCAGCGGACUUGGGGGCUGAGACUAGGGCUCUGUGCACAAGCGAAUAUUCUGACAUCUCCCCGUUGUCCGGGGGUAACGUUGUGUUCUCAACUUUGGAAGGUCGACCCUCCGGUUACACCUUUGAGAGCAGUCCGGAAUUACAGGAAUGGGUAACAGCUACCGAUCUUCGUAUAUCCUUAGAUCGUCUGAAUACAUUCGGAGACGAGAUCUUCGGUGAUACCCAAGUGUUGCAGUCGUAUUGGUACGCCAUUGCUGAUGUGUCGGUAGGCGCACGUUGUAAAUGUAACGGCCAUGCUUCCAUCUGCGACUCCAUUGAAAUGCCAGAUGGCUCGAGAGCAAGAUCUUGCAGAUGUGAACAUAACACUGCUGGUCGUGAAUGCGAGAAAUGUUUGGACUUCUACAACGAUGCUCCUUGGGGUAGAGGCUCUCCUAAUAACGUUCACGAAUGCAAGGCUUGCAACUGCAAUGGAUUCUCGAACAAGUGUUACUUCGACAAAGAGUUAUAUGAGCGCACGGGCCAUGGCGGCCACUGUAUGGACUGCGCUGAGAACAGAGACGGCGCCAACUGCGAGAGAUGCAAGGAGAAUUACUUCCAAGGCGCAGAAGACAUUUGCAUGCCAUGUAACUGCAACCCUACAGGUUCCCGUAGUCUUCAAUGUAACUCCGAGGGUAAAUGUCAGUGCAAGCCUGGCGUAACAGGGGACAAGUGUGACGUUUGUGCGGCAAACCACUUCGACUUCACGACCCAAGGAUGCAAACCGUGCGGGUGUAACGAAUCCGGGUCCUACGCGAACACACCACAGUGUGAUCCGCAGACUGGCAUCUGCCUCUGCAAGCAAAAUGUCGAAGGAAAACAAUGCAGAGAAUGUAAACCUGGUUUCUUCAACCUGGAUAUAGAGAAUGAGUUCGGAUGCACUCCUUGUUUUUGUUUUGGCCACUCGUCUCAAUGUAGCUCUGCACCAAAAUAUCAGGCGAAUGAAAUCACAGCACAUUUCAUAAGAGAUGCAGAAAAGUGGGGAGCAGAAGACGACCAAAGAAGAUCGGCACCUUUACAGUUUAAUGCAAAUACACAGAAUAUAGCGGUAAAGUCAAAAGGAUCGGAAAUAAUUUACUUCAUAGCUUCAAACCUAUUUCUUGGUGACCAGAGACCAUCUUAUAAUCACGAUCUUAAAUUCAGUCUGCGACUUGGAGAGAGUAGAGGCUAUCCUUCCUCUCAAGACAUAAUCCUAGAAGGAUCCCGAGCUUCUGUCUCGAUGAACAUUUAUGGACAAAACAAUCCGGAACCAACGGAUCAGAUCCAAGAAUACACUUUCCGUCUCCACGAAGAUCCUCGUUAUGGAUGGACUCCCACACUCUCUAAUUUCGAAUUCAUGUCUAUACUACAAAAUCUGACUGCUAUCAAGAUUAGGGGAACCUACAACAAAGGCGGUGAAGGUUACAUGAUGAGUUUCAAACUUGAUACUGCUAACAUCGGAAGAGAGAAAGGUUCGGCGCCGGCUAAUUGGGUAGAGAAGUGUUCUUGUCCUAAAGCAUACGUGGGAGAUUAUUGUGAAGAAUGCGCUCCAGGAUUCAAACACGAACCUGCUAAUGGUGGACCAUACUCUACCUGUAUUCCGUGUGAUUGUAACGGACACGCGCAUAUUUGUGAUACAGCCACAGGAUUUUGUAUUUGCAAACAUAACACAACCGGAAGCAAUUGUGAGCUUUGUGCAAAGGGUUACUACGGUAACGCUAUAGCGGGAACUCCGGACGACUGCAAACCUUGUCCAUGCCCCAAAGAUAGUGGUUGCAUUCAGUUGAUGGAUCAAAACAUCGUUUGUACAGAUUGUCCUUUGGGAUAUGCAGGACCAAAGUGCGAAGUUUGCGCGGAUGGCUUCUUCGGCGAUCCUACUGGACAAUUUGGUCCCGCGAAGCCCUGUGAAGAGUGUCAAUGUAAUGGGAAUGUAGACUCUAAUGCUGUUGGCAACUGUAAUAGAACUACUGGAGAGUGUUUGAAAUGUAUUUACAACACUGCUGGUGAACACUGUGACAAGUGUUUGAGUGGUUUCUAUGGUGAUGCUCUUGAUCAAACGAAGAAAGGUGAUUGCAAACCAUGUCAGUGCCAUGAAGCCGGAACUCUGGAAAGCGCAGAAGGCCCACCUCAAUGUGACGGACUUACUGGUUUUUGCUCUUGCAGGGCGCAUGUUAUUGGCAGAAAUUGUGAUAAAUGCGAGGAUGGUUACUAUAACAUUGAUUCUGGAGAGGGCUGCAUACCUUGCCAGUGCAAUCUUGAAGGUUCCUACAACAGUACGUGCAAUGCAGUUUCUGGGCAAUGCUAUUGUAAACCGGGUAUUGAUGGCAAGCAUUGCGACCGUUGCCGUGCAUAUCAUUACGGAUUCUCAGUGGAGGGAUGUCAAGAUUGCGACUGUGACGAGUGGGGCUCAACCAACUACCAAUGUGACGUCAGCGGCCAAUGCUCCUGUCAAGAGAACGUUGAGGGACGUAGAUGUGACCGGUGCAUGGAAAACAAGAAACGCCGAGCUGAUGGUCAGGGUUGUGAAGAUUGUCCGCCAUGCUACAACCUGGUCCUCGACGCGGUCAAUGACCAUCGACGCAAAUUAAAGGAAUUAGACGAAAUCUUAGCUAAGAUUUCCAAAGCGCCAACAGUAGUCGAGAACGCUGACUUCGAUCAAGAACUCCAACGAGUUAGAGGUGACAUAGAGAGAUUAGUCCAAGAAGCACAGGCUGAACUAGGUAGCGGUCCUGGAUCUAGUUUGACCAACAAUCUAGCUCAAUUAGCGAACAGACUUGCCGAUGUCAGAGAUAUGCUAUAUAAAAUAGAGGAUGCGAGCUACGAAGGCAAUGAAUCCGUUGAAAGAAGCAAAGGCAAUGUAUCCAAAGCUGAAGAUACUAUAGAAGCUGCACAGAAGGAAAUUAAUAGUGCUUUGGAAUAUCUUGAUGGAGAAGGCGCGGCUGCUCUAGCGAAAGCCCGCAAUAGAUCUGAUCAAUUCGGCAAGCAAUCCGUUGACAUGUCAGCUCUGGCAAAAGAAUCCCGUCUACUCGCCGAGAAACUUGAAAAUGAAGCAAGAAAUAUUAGAGAUAUAGCUGAAAAAGCGUACAAUACCUCCCUGUUAGCCAACAAGAUUGCCAAAGAUGGUAUCAACAAGCAGGCAAACAUUAGUAAUGAAGUUCAAAUUCUUGCCAAUGAAUUAAAUGCUGCGUCAGGAAAAUUAAGUAGUAUGAUGGAGCUAGCUGACCAAGCAUUGACGAGAGCUAAAUCUGUUUACGAUGAUGCUUUGGGAUUGUACGCGGAAGUUAAUACGACGUUAUUGCCAGAUAUAAAGCUCAGCAAACUUCGACAUGAUUCAAAUGAGAUGAACAGAACAAUAGAUGAAAAAGCAGCCAUGCUAGAAGAGUUAAUGAACAGUAAUGAGGAUACCCUUAAAAAUCUAGACGAGGCGAUUCUCAAAGGCAGAGAUUUGCUAGAACAAGGUCACGAGAGGCAAGACGAACUCAAUGAUCUCUUAGCGAAACUUGAUGUACUACAGGCACAAGCUAAAAAAGAUGUUGAACUCACCAAAGCAACGCUAAAGGAGGCUAACGAAAUUUAUAAAACGCUUAAAGAGUUCAGCGAUCAAGUAGCGGAAUCCCGACGACUGGCUGACCAAGCUGCGUCAGAUGUUCCAUCGGUCCAAGCAAAGGUUGCAGCAGCGGACGAGAGCAUCUCUAGUAUCAUUGAAGAGCUAAAUAACGCAAGUGAUAAAGCCAAAGAGGCUAGAGAUUUAGCGCAAAAAGCACAAAAGGAAUACGCUGAUAAAGCUUCGGAGGCUGCGCACGAGAUAAGAAAGAAAGCGUCCGCCUCCCGGGUUGAAGCUGGCAAGCUUAGAGAUGAAGCUGAUAAAUUAUCUACUCGAGUAAAGGGUACAGCCAAAGAUAUAGAAGACCGCGAGACGCAAGCUAAAGAAAAUUUGGAACUAACUCGCAACGCUAAGAUGAAGGUCGGACAAGCUAACACUGAUGCUAGAGAGGCGGCGAAACAAGUCUCUAAAGGUCUAGAGGACCUGAAAGUUAUCAUGGAAGAAUUGCAAAAUCUGCCAACGUUGGAUGACAAUGCCCUUAAUAGACUUCAGAAUAGUCUCGAUGCAGCAGAAAAAGCAUUACGCAAAGUGGAUUUAGACGGCAAGAUAAAAACAUUAACUGAAGCUAAAAAUAAUCACCAAAGAUGGAUAAAACAAUACCAAGAUGAACACGAUCAUCUCCGUAGUGAAGUGUACAAUGUCAAGGCCAUACUCAAUCAAUUGCCUGCAGGUUGUUUCAAGCGGAUUGUUUUGGAACCCACCGAAGGUCCCAGUAAACCGGCAAGCUUCAGAUAGACUAAUAUAAUAUAAACUUUGCAGCCUUAACAACCUUUGAUAUAAAACUAAAUGAUUCUAGUUUGAGCGUGUUCUAAUUUUUAAGUUAUAGUACUUUUAAAAUCAUAACAACUAUUCUGUAAAUUAAUACAAUUUCAAAACAUUAUAUUUAAUUUUUAAAAUAAAGAUAAGAUUCAUAAGUAACGCAGGAAUCUGCUUUCUAUAGGUGUCAAUCAGAAACUGCCAAUACCGAAUGAUUAUUGUUUUAGCGUUUGCCUUGUUUAUGUACUGACUAGAAAUCUAUUUGUGUACACUUAAACAUUUAGUUUUGAGUAAUCAAAUCUAUUAACUUUAUAUUUAAACAGAUAUGUCAUCGUGUGUUCGCUUUGCUGAAACAUUUACAUAAAACAUGUUGUGAUCUCUGUCUUUAAAAGUAGUCGUUAAUCAUAACAUGUGCCUUGUAAAUGUCACGGUAGUUUAAUCUCAGAGUAAGUUAUGAAAUAUAAUUACAUAAAUACUUAAUUAAUUAUAUAAAUCGUUUUUACGAAACUAUCAUUUAUUAGAUCAAAUAAAUAUUUCC